AGCUCCGGGGUGAAGAUGCUGCUGCUCGGUCUGAUGCUGCUGCUGCUGCCGGUCUCUGCCGCCGACCUCCCGGGGACGGGUCCGCCGCUCCGGGGGCCGGGGCUCGGCUUCUCCCCGCCGGUACCUGCCUCUGCCUCCGCCCCGCCGCUCCUCCUCCUUAUCCCGCAGCCCGGAGCGGAGCACCGGGCUCCAGGUGUCGCCUUGGCCCGAUCAGCGGCGGAGGAUCCGACCGGCCCCGUGGAGGAGGAGGAGGGGGGGCAGCAUUACUACGGCGGCGGGUACCGGGUGGUCCAGUGGGAGUGGAGCUACGUCCAGACCCCGUUCAUCAUCGCCAUCUGGCUCCUGGUGGCCAGCGUGGCCAAGAUCUUGUUCCACUUCUCCCAGCGCUUCACCACCGUGGUUCCAGAGAGCUGCAUGCUCAUCCUGCUGGGCCUGGUCCUGGGCGGCAUCGUCCUCAUAGCCAGUAAGAAGCAGCUGUAUCAUCUGGAGCCCGCCCUCUUCUUCCUCUUCCUCCUGCCGACCAUCGUGGGCGACGCCGGGUACUUCAUGCCCGCCCGCCUCUUCUUCGACAACCUGGGAGCCAUCCUGACGUACGCCGUGGUCGGGACGCUGUGGAACGCCUUCUGCACCGGCUUCUGCCUGUACGCCGCCAAGCUGCUGGGGGUCAUAGAUGAGCGUGUGCAGGCCGGCCUCAUCGACUUCCUCCUGUUCGGAGCGUUGAUCUCGGCCGUGGACCCGGUGGCGGUGCUGGCCGUGUUCGAGGAGGUUCACAUCAACGACAUGCUCUUCAUCAUCGUGUUCGGAGAGUCACUGCUCAACGACGCCGUCACCGUGGUUUUAUAUAAAGUCUACAUUUCCUUCGUGGAGGUCGGAGUGGAGAACGUCCAGACGGCAGACUACUUCAAAGGAGUCGCCUCUUUCCUCAUCGUCAGUAUCGGCGGGACUCUGGUGGGUCUGGUCUUUGCCGUCCUCCUGGGUUUCAUCACUCGCUUCACUAAGAAGGUCCGCAUCAUCGAGCCGCUCCUCGUGGUCCUGCUGGUCUACCUGGCCUACCUGACCGCCGAGCUCUUCUCGCUGUCCGCCAUCCUGUCAAUGACCUUCUGUGGCAUUGGAGCCAAUAAAUACGUGGAGGCCAACAUUUCCCAGAAGUCUCGGACCACGGUCAAGUACACGAUGAAGACUCUGGCCAGCAUCGCUGAAACCAUCAUCUUCAUCUUCUUGGGGAUCUCGGCCGUGGACAAGUCCAAGUGGGCCUGGGACACAGGCCUGGUGUCCUGCACCCUCAUCUUCAUCUUUGUCUUCAGAGCCAUGGGUGUGAUCGGUCAGACCUGGGUCCUCAACCGCUUCCGCCUCGUCCCAUUGGACAAGAUCGACCAGGUGGUGAUGUCGUACGGCGGCCUGCGGGGGGCGGUGGCGUUCGCUCUCGUGGUUCUUCUGGACGGAGAGCGCGUCAAAGCCAAAGACUACUUUGUCGCCACGACGAUCGUGGUGGUGUUUUUCACGGUCAUGUUCCAGGGCCUGACCAUCAAACCUCUGGUGAAUUGGCUCAAGGUUCCUCGUUCCACCAGCAGGAAACCGACCAUCAACGAGGAGAUCCACGAGAGGGCCUUUGAUCACAUCCUGACGGCGGUGGAGGACAUCGCAGGACUGCAGGGAUACCACCACUGGAGAGACAAGUGGGAGCAGUUUGAUAAGAACUACCUGAGUAAGCUGCUGCUGAAGAAGUCUGUGUACAGGAAGAGCGAGCUGUGGGAGGCGUAUCAGAGGAUCAACAUCCGAGACGCCAUCAGCGUCAUCGACCAGGGUGGGAACCUGACCUCAGCCAGACUGUCUCUUCCCUCCAUGGCCUCCAGAGCCUCGUUUCCUGAAGUCACCAACGUCACCAACUACCUGCGUGAGAACGGCAGCGGUGUGUGUCUGGACCUCCAGGCGAUCGAUAACGUCCCCGGAGCCAAAGUGGAGGAGGACUCAGAGACACAUCAUGUCCUCGCAGGAAACCUGUACAAACCCAGGAGACGGUAUCAGUCCCACUACAGCCGACACUUCAUGCCUCUGGGGGAGAAGGAGCGUCAGGAUCGGGAGGUUUUCCAGAGAAACAUGAAGAGUCGCAUGGAGACGUUCAAGAGCACCAGACACAAACGACACAAGAAGGAGCGCAGCCUCAAGAAGCGGCGAGGAUCUGACAACAAAGACGACGGCGGCGACAAACCCAGACGCAACGUCAGCUGGCAUGACAAAGAUCCAGUGGGCGUUCCUGUGACGGAGGAGGACAAAGCAGGACACUCGGACCCGGAGAGGGACGAAGACGUUGGCAUCACGUUUGUCGCUCGUCAGGUCGAGACGUCGAAACCACGACGGACAUCGGUCCCAGCAGAUGUGGACGGUGCUCAGAGUCCCACUGCCCCCCCAUCACCCAUCAUCGGAGAGAGCCAGUUACCGUGGAAGGGUGGUGUGGGCUCCACCCCCCCCUGUGUGUCUGUGGAGGCCACAAAGGUCAUCCCCGUUGACCUCCAGCAGGCCUGGAACCAGAGCAUCUCCUCCUUGGAGAGCAUCUCCUCGCCACCGGCCCCUGUCGAGCCCAUCCACCCCCGAGUGAUCGCCCUCUCCAGACUGGGAGGGCCCCGCCCGGCCUCCUACACCCCACCCAGCAGUCUCUGGAGCAGCACCUCCUCCAUCGGACCACAGGUGUCACAGGGCUCCUUCCUCUUCUCAGAGAAGAAGAAAAAGAAGGAGGAGGAAGAGGAGGAGGAGGAGUCGGCGGCAGCGCAGGAGAUGCAGCCACUCAUGUCAUCUCUGAGGCCCCCCGGGUCCCUGCCCCCACCACCACCUCCUCCAGGCUCCACCCCUGGCGCAGGGGGGAGGAGGAACCCCUGCGUCUACCUGAGAAGCCUGGUGUCAGCGCCCCCCGCAGGCAGCAGCGAGCCACACAGCCGAGGCCCCACCCAGCUGUAACGCACACGAAUUCCAGGUCGUCCAAUCAGAAUCCAGCUCGCCCUGUCAGUUCUCACUAAGGUCCCUCACACAUGAAUGUAGCAGCUCAAGUUUCACCAAAGUUAAAAUUCACGUGAAGUCAAGCUGUGGAUGUACUUUGUCACAGGAAAUAAAGGUUAAUUCGCCCCCCCACUCACACAAUGGUAAACAGGGGGGGGAGGUUCGCCAGUGAUACAUUUGCGUUUAUUUGACUGUGCCCUUAUUCUGAUAUGAUAAUCAUCCGUCCAAUCACAGCCUCCGCUCCGCACACUUGAUCAGAGAUGUUUAAUCGCAUGAGCUCGUUCACGUCACCACCCACUCACGUGACAGGUCACAUGACCUGAUCAAUACGUGUUCCAGGUUGAAUCCUGUGACUCUGUGUUCACUGUUUAUUUCUAUCUUUCUUGUGAAACCAACAUUCUGAUAUUUUAUUCUAAAUUUCUGUCUUUUCUCUUCCUGUAAAACACUGUUCGAUGACUCAUCAUUCACUCACGACCGUUCACUCAUUCUGCGUCCAAUCAGAAAGCUGCCUGGAAUUUAUAACUCCCUCCCUGUGACUAUGAAUUCAGGACCUACACUGUCCCAUUCACAGAGUAGGUUAAAGUGGUGGUGAGGCAUUUGUGUUCAGAGCUUCUUGUGUCUCGUCUGAUAUUUAAGAAACGCAGACAGAGUCACUGGGUCACAUGACUCGUUUCUGUCUCAUCCGUCCUCGACUCUUCCUCAUCUGUUCAUUCAGUUUAUUGUGAUGUUGUGUUUUGGUCGGUGGAGUCACAUGUCGUACUUCCUGUUUGUAGGAGACGACAAGACGUUUAAUGACAGGAAGUGGUAUAUAGAUUUAUACGUGAACAUCUCUGCUGAUGUUCAUGAUGAGAGCAAUUUAACUGAAAAUAUUUUCAAUAUUCCAUUUAUAGUGAAUCAUCUUAAAGUGUUGCUGCCGCUUUUUAGAAAAACCAGUGUAGUAUUGAUCAUCUACAGAUAAUCAGUCUUUUUAACCCUGGACCAGUUCACAUGCUGAGGGACAACGACUCAUGUUGUAAUAAAGUGUAUCUGUCUGAGUGAAGAUGUGUGUGCACAGCGCCACCUGCAGUGUGACUCCCUGUUGUGUGUUUCCAAGCCUCAUCGCUGUCCACGUGUCGAGCGUCAUUUGUAAAGAUCGACUGAGUCGCUUGUUUUCAAAGACCAAAGUGUAGAAGCUUCAUGAACAUGUAGACAGCGUGUGUCUGUCCAUAACUGCCUUACUCUGUGUCGCUGUGUGUGUGUGUGUGUGUGUAGGUUCAUCAUUCACCAGCAGAAUGUUUUCACACUGAAUCUGAAGUUUGUGUGUCUUGUUUUUCCAAAGAAUCAGUUUGUGUUACAGCUUCUGUCGCACAAAGUCUAGCAGCUGCUGCAGCAACUCAACUUAACACGACAUCAAACAACACAACAUGAAACAAUGAUACAACACCACAGCAUCUCACAACACCGCUGCUCAACUGCUGUCCAUACCCACAUCAGCAUGGACCACAGGAAGAGACACACACAGCUGCACUCGUCUUAAUGUAGAACCUUUCAUCCCACGUGUAACAAAGCUACACUGGAUGGAUGAUGUAGCACAGGAUCAUCACGUCUGGGUUUAAUUCUCUUCUCUUCUCACUUCCAUUGGAUUGGAUUCAAUUUAUUGUUAUUACACAGAGUACAAGUACAGAGGCAACGAAAUGAAAAGUUGUGACAACAUGUGACCUGAACACAACACAAGGAACCAGCUGCAGAUCAAUAAUCCUUGAUUAAAGGAUCAGAUUAAGGUGAACAUUACAGAUUUCACACCAGCAGGUCUCAUGGUGCCCCAGGCGUUCAGACGUCCAGGUCCCUGAACGCAUCGUGCUGCAGCAGCUGCUGGAGUCUCCUCAUCGUGUCCCAGUGACUGAAGUGAGAGAAACAUGCUGCUGCUUCUAGAAAAGGCCUUUACACUGAAAACAUACUUGAACAGGGGCUGACAGAAGGAACCUGAACGCAUCACGGCGUGUGGGUUCCAGCUCUCGGCCUCAGAUUCUCACGUCCUCGAGUCUUUGAGUCUCAUCUGUGAUUCGUUGUGUCCAAAUUCAAAUGAAGAAUUCAGAAUGUUGGCGUCAAUAAAUGU